CCCACCACUCAUCCAAGAUAAAAUUUCAUAUCAACAGCUUCAUCUUUAUGUUUCCGUGAUAUUGUUCCCACAACAGAGAAAAGAGAUAGAGAAACACAACUCUCUAACAUCUGAAACAUUCAAAUGGCACUCAGGUUGUGGGCUUCUUCAACUGCCAAUGCACUCAAAAUCUCUUCCACCUCCAGACCUCAUCUCUCUCCUCCUUUUUCUCUCUUCAGAUGCUUCUCUACCGUGUUGGAUGGACUCAAGUAUGCAUCUUCACAUGAAUGGGUCAAGCAUGAAGGCUCAGUGGCCACAAUUGGUAUCACUGAUCAUGCCCAGGACCAUCUUGGAGAGGUUGUGUUUGUGGAUCUGCCAGAACCCGGUGGCUCAGCCACCAAGGAAAACAGCUUCGGAGCAGUUGAAAGUGUUAAGGCAACAAGUGAUGUAAACUCUCCAAUAUCGGGGGAGAUCAUUGAGGUUAACAAAAAGCUCACUGAAACGCCUGGCCUGAUCAACACAAGCCCAUACGAAGAUGGAUGGAUGAUCAAAGUAAAGCCAAGUAGUCCAUCCGAGUUAGAUUCCUUGAUGGGUUCAAAGGAGUACACAAAAUUUUGUGAGGAAGAAGAUGCUGCACAUUAAAGUUUGAAUUUGCUCCUGCAAGUUAUGUGGGACUGACUGUUUUCCAGAUGUUUAUGAUCUUAUUAUCUUUAGAACAGUUUUUUCAACUGCAAUAGAACUGCUUCUUUCCAUUUUUCUUUCCCUGUUAUUGUCACUUAUGUUAUGACACUCUUGUGUGUCUACUCUUCAUGUGAUUAAAAAGCUGUUCUCUCUUUUCACUUCCA